GUCAAAAGUCAAAACAAAACAAAAAUCUGUCAACAACAAAACUGACGUGUACUUUAACAAUAUUUUUCCUUGUAAAUGAGCAAAAUCUUUCGUUAAUGGUGUAAUCAGUGCAACAGUAGGAUGUCUGAGACAGAGAAACUGCCUGAUGCUGCGGGCAGCUCGUCUGCGGGCGCCAGUGGCGGCGGACAGGGCGACACUCCCGCCGCUGCACCCUCGGAGCGGGAGGCUUACUUCCAGGCACUGAGGCUUUGGAUACAACAAGCACAGCUAUACCAGAACAUAUCUACGUGCUUUCCAUACUACAUUCUAACAUUCCAAGGCUUACAGAAUAGCCAGUCCAGUUUUCCUCUGCUGAAUAAUAACUAUCAGUUUCAAGGACAGCAGUGGCAGUUUCCUCUGCCGAACAACCCUCCCAGGAAUGCGCCAGAGAACCGCCAUGAUGUCCUGUCUCCAGCUGAAGUGAUAGCGAGGCACGGGGGCUACGAGUAUGUGAUCCCUCCGCUGUACAAGAGACUGCUAGCGGAGUUUAUUGAUUUCGUUCUCCUCUUCAUAUUGAAGCUCCUUGUUACAUUUAUUGCUGUGGAUAUGUUUGAUAUUAUUGACCUGGAAAAGUUUGAUAUUUACAAGAUUGGUGAAAAUUUUGAUGACUACAAACUGGCGAUAGAAAUCACAUCCGAAAUACUAUUCCUGGAAAUCAUAUACAGAGCACUUGUUUGUGUUUAUGAAGCAUCCUGCCUGUGCAGCAGCGCGGGGCGCGCGGGCGGCGCCACCCCGGGCAAGGCGCUGCUGGGGCUGCGCGUGGUCACCGCCUCCGCCAUCCUGCCCGUCGAGCGGCCGCGCGAGACCGUCCUGCUCUACCCCGGCCGGCCCCUCACCUUCCCUCUCGCUCUGGCCCGCUCCCUACUCAAGAACUUUCUCAUCUCGCUACUCUUUCCACUGUGUUUCAUACUCUUUGUCUUCAGACACAACCGCACCGGCUAUGAUUUGUUGUGUGGAGUUAUUGUGGUCGAAGAAAAUAUGUUUCCGCCUCGGAGAAAUGCACCGUAAGGGAGUGUCAGAUGGAUUGAUGUUGCCAGAAAAUGAUUGAAGAUAUGCAUUACAAAUAGGUGUUCUAGGAAUAAAAAGUGAUAGUAAAAAUAUAUACUUAAUACUAUGUAUUACAUUUUUGGUUGAUAAGGUUUAAAAGUAUGAAUAUACUUAUAAAUUAACUACGGGCAUUGAGGAAGUUUUUUGAGAGGCUGUUGUAAAAUGUGAAGUUUAAAAUUUAGAGGUACAGUGGCGUGGAUGAGUUAGUUUCAAAUAUUUCAAAUGGUGUCAAAUAUAUUUUUACUUAGGUUUGAGCAUGGUCAAAUGUUGUAUUAGUUCGAUAGACUGAGGUGCCAUGCCUUAAAUUUGAUUCCUUUUAGAUAUUAUUGAAUGGUAUAAGUAAUUAAGUAUUUCAAAGAUUAUGUUCGUAAGUUCAUAUUAUAUGUAUUUAUAUCCGAA